AUGCUGGGCCUCGUCGUGGCGGGCGCCCUGGCGCUGGCCCUGGCCGCGCUCGUCGCCUGGCUGGUGGACACGACGCGGGACGCCUGGCGCAUGCAGGCCGUGCUGGCGGGCAUGCCGGGCCCCAAGCCGCUGCCCCUGCUGGGCAACCUGCUCGAGCUGUUCACCUCGCAGGACAAGUUCUGGGCCACCGUGGUGGGGCUGAUGCAGCGCCACGCGCCCACCUUCUGCUUCUGGCUGGGGCCCUGGCCCUUCGUCGUCAUCACGGACCCGCGCGACUACGAGCACGUCAUGAACAGCGCGCGCUUCAACGACAAGUCCACGUGGUACCCGCUGGCCCGGGUGGCCCUGGGCACCGGCCUCAUCACCCUCAGCGGCAAGGUGUGGCGGCGCCACCGCCGGGCCAUCGGGCCGUCCCUGCACCAGCACGUGCUCGUCCAGAACGUGGAGGUGUUCCGGCGCAAGGCAAUCGAACUCUCGCACAUGAUGACUCGAGCGGCGCGGUCGGCGCAGCCGGUGGACAUCCUGGAGUACUGCAACAUGGUGUCGAUGGACUCGGUGUGCGAGACGAUGCUGUCGGCCGACCUGUCCUCCGACGCCGCCGCGCUGGGCCGCUUCGUGGAGCAGACGACCAACGCGGCCCGCAUGGUGACGUACCGCGUCUGCCACCCCUGGCUGCUGUGGGACUCGCUGUACGCCAGGACGUCGGCGGGCAGGGAGGCGGCGCGCAUGGAGGCCGACACGGACACCUUCAUCGACCACAUCGUCAGCAAGUGGCGGCAGCACUCGGUGAGGCCCGACGCGACGCCCGAGGUGCACGAUCAGGGCGUCGUUGCGCAGGAGCAGCCCGGUGCCAAAGGCGCCUGCCGCCCCCGGUCGCUGCUGGAGCACGCGCUGGCCACGCAGGGGCUGGCCGACCUGCUGACGGCCAGGGAGUGGCGCGAGGAGGCCAAGGCCAUGGUGGUGGCCGGCCAGGGCACCGUGGCGCACUGCCUCAGCUUCGCCCUCCUCCUGCUCGCCAUGCACCCGGAGGAGCAGCGCCGGCUGCAGCAAGAGCUGGACGACGUGUUCGGCGCGGACCCGCAGCGCGCCGUCACGGAGCACGAGCUGCCGCACCUGCAGCGCAUGGAGCGCGUCAUCCUGGAGACGCUGCGCCUGUUCCCGCUCGUGCCCGUCUUCGGCCGGGACUGCGUGGAGGACACGGUGCUGCCGUCGGGGCCGCGCGUGCCGCGUGGCGCCCAGCUCUUCAUGUUCAGCUUCCACACGCAACGCGACCCCGCCUGGUUCCCGGACCCGCUGCGCUUCGACCCCGACAGGUUCCUGCCGGACCAAGUCCGCGGCCGGCCCCCGCUCAGCUUCGCGGCCUUCAGCGCGGGCCCGCGGUCGUGCAUCGGCCAGCGCUACGCCAUCAUGUACCUCAAGACGGUGCUGAGCACGGUGCUGCGGCGCUACGAGGUGCACCGCGCGCCGGGCGACACCCGCACCGUGGCCGACCUGCCCGUCGAGAUCGGCGUCAUCCUCAGCCUGGACGGCGGCUUCCCCGUCACCGUGUCCGAGCGGGGAGAGUUCCCGCCGACGGCCCUUCCCGCGGCGUCUCGGCAUCUCAACUAG